CCCUGAGAGAUAACCGGAUUGAGCUUGUCCGAGCCACGUCGCAGGAGCUGACGAUCAACAUCAGUGAGGUCACGCUGACAGACGAGGGGAUGUACACCUGCUCCCUCUUCACCAUGCCUGUCAAAACAGCCAAGGCUUUCCUCACCGUCCUGGGCAUGCCUAAGAAACCAGAGAUCAAUGGACUCACCAAGCCUGUGUUGGAGGGAGAUCAAAUCACACUGACCUGUGUGACCUCUGGCAGCAAACCUGCGGCUGAUGUCCGAUGGUUCAAGAAUGAGAAGGAGAUCAAAGGUGCCAAAGAGGUGAAUACCAGUGGCAAGACUUUUACAGUGAAGAGCUCCCUUCAGCUCCUGGUGAACCGGCAUGAUGACGGUGUGGCCUACACUUGUAGAGUGGACCAUGUGGCCCUAAUUGCCACCCACGAAGAGACCACACAGGUCUUGGAGGUCCACUAUGCUCCCUAUGUAGAGAUCAAACACUCCAUACCAGCCCCAUUGGAGGGGCAGUACCUCAAACUGGAAUGUGUACCUCAUGGAAACCCCUCGCCAGACCCAGUACUCUGGACUAAAGAUGGAGGAGAGCUGCCAGACCUGGACCGGGUGAUUGUCGAAGGAAGAGAGCUCACCUUCAUGUCACUGAACAAAACAGAUAACGGCACCUACCGCUGUGAAGCUACCAAUCACCUCGGCACCAGCCACGCUGAAUAUAAGCUGGUUGUUAAAGAUGCCCCCACCACAUCGUCACCAUCCACAACUUCCCCUGCACCCACCCUCCCAGACAGUACAGGUCCUUUAGACUCCAAGCAUCUCAAUUCUGCUGUCACCGGUAACAGAGAUCCUAAUGCCCUGCCAGGCCCGCCAGACCACGCUCUGAUCGGUGGAAUUGUUGCUGUCGUCGUUUUCGCCACUUUGUGCUUAAUUAUUGUAUUAGGACGCUACCUGGCACGGCAUAAAGGCACGUAUUUGACAAACGAGGCCAAAGGAGCAGAUGACGCCCCGGACGCAGACACAGCCAUCAUCAAUGCUGACGGCAACCAUGCACACGCAGAAGAAAAGAAAGAGUAUUUCAUUUAGACUGCAAUGGCACUGCGCUCCUCUCUCUCUCCUCUCGUUCCUUCCCUCCUUCUCUGCACCGUGUAGGAACUUCUUCAGACAGCAGCGGAAGCUUCGUCACACUCUUUCUGUUCAGUUUGUUGUUUUUCAUUUCAGUUCGGAUUUCUUUUGCUUUUUUCGAUAACAGCUCACCUGCUACUUUAUACGGGCAACUUAUUUGCUGAAGAUGUCACCUUUUGUAAUCAUUAAAUAGCUGUAAAACACCCCCAAAGUAGUACAAAAACGUCUAAAUCUCCAAAUAUACUGAA